GUCACACUGGUUGCAUCCCUACUCAGAAAAUAUUUAAAAAAAACAAAUUAAUGUCGUUAACAAUUAUGAAAUGCCGCAAAUCGGCGGCUGGACUGGUGCCUAUACAGCCGACAUUGGUUUAUCGCACGAAAAACCUGGACACAAUGCAGAUUAUGAAGAAACAAUUUGUGAAGCUGGAAGCGGGGAAUGGCAUCGUCAGCGCCACCUCCGCUGGAAUAGUCCUCAACAAAAUACCAGCGCAGAUCAAGCCCACAAUGAAGAGGGCGACAACACCAGCAGCCGUGGGAGCAACUCCGCUGAAAAACCCCAAGUAUGUGAAUUCGACUGGUCAGUCUGCGACAGCCAUUAAAAGGGAGUCUGGGUCGAGCCAGUCCCUGGGCAUUGCCAUCAGCUCGCUGCCGCCCAACACGAUCAUCAAGAGGGCCGCAGCGACACCAAGUGCAACAGCUACGCCGAGUCUGCCGCACAGCCAGUCUUCGCCUGCUGUGACACCCGCCUCCCGCAUCUCGUCCGCCGUGCAUCAGGCAGUGUUCGUCAAGCGGGAAGUGCCGCAACAGCGGAGUAUGCGCUCUAUAACCAUGGGCCAGAUGGAGAACGCCACGAUGCAGUACCUGGGCCUGGCCAGCGAGCAUCUGUCGAUACUGAAGCGCCACAUAUGCCGCAGUGCAGCCGUCACGCACCUGGACUGCUGCAUAACGCUGCGGAAACUGCGGCAGAACGAGCCCUUUGCCCAGCUGGCCGAAUGCUUUGAGCUGAGCGAGUCCGAUGCGGAGGAAACGUUCAAGCGGACCAUCAUAAAGCUGGCACGCUGCCUGAGGCCACUAAUCUGCUGGCCGGACGCCAAUCACUUCCUCGACAGGCUGAAGCACACGCCGCUGGACUACCGGUCCGAUCUCAUGCACCUGCGGUCCAUGAUCGAGUGCGUGGAGACGGACGUGAGUGAGGCGUUGGACUUCAGUUGCCCCACCUACAAGUUCAUACUCUGCAUCAACACCAACGGCAUCAUCAGCUACGUCUCGAGCGCAUAUCCCGGCCAGUACGAUGACCUGCAGCUGUUCGAGGCCAGCAACUUCAGGAAUAUCGUACCCGACUACCUCACGCUGUGUGCGGAUCCCGGCAAGGCGGUGCCCCGCUGCCGGCAGCCAGCCUCCGAUUCCAUUUACGAUGCCAUCGAGGAUGAUGAUUCCGCAUCGCUGGACGAGCUGAAGCAACCAGUCAGCAAGUACGAUGCUCAGCGCCUGACCGGACAGUUGGCUAGCCAGGAUUCGCUGUCCGUUGUGGACGGUGCACUGAUCUCGAAGCGUGCCACGUCCGUGCAGCUGCCAACGCUGCGUCUGCAGGAGCCGUCCUGCCGUGCCCAAAUGCGCGACACAAUCGACACGCUGCGGGAGUUCAAAAUGCUGCACCACAGCUCCAUACAACAAAAGUCAAUGCUCGGCUACCUCAACGAGAUGCUAGUUGUGGCCGCUGCGCUCUGCAAUCUAAAGCGAAAGGAGCUCUCCUCGUAGGUUUAAGUUUUUUAGGAGGCAGUUUAUGGCCUGUUUUAAGGCCAACUAGCGGAGGAACUAAUAUUGUAUUAAAAUCUACUCGUACUGCUCGAGUAACUCCAAGUCUGUUGUGUUGAAUUGCAGAACAUUUGUAGAGUUU